UGGAGCCCAGAAAUGUUCAGUCUUUUAUAGUGGAGAUGUUCAAUAAUUAAUCAGCCCAAAUGAAAAAGAUAACACACUGUUACAAUUUCUGGUACUGAAUGAACUUGCAGACAGGGUGGAAUCCUCUAUUGACCAUCCAAGAGAAGACCUGGCUACAUGGAAAGCAAACCCUGGGCUAGCCAACAACCAAAGAGAGACUACUCUAAAUGAAGGCACUCUACCUCACUGCGCACAGUGAAAAUAUCAGCUAGCGGCAAGCAAUUGGCCAGUGAACUGUGGGAGGGGAACAACAUGGAGCCCUAUUCUAACAUCGGGGGCAGUUAUUACAGCCCAAGGAGCUCUCAAAACCGCUUUGGGAUGACAGAUUCUCUGGCUAUCUCCUCAGGUGUUUUCCCCGAUGAGGACAGUGGUUUUAACUCAAGCUUCAGCCUCAGUCGACUCCCACAAUCCGAGGAUUAUUCACUUUCUCCCAGAUCACCCAUGGUUUCUCCAGGAGCUAUAGUGAGAUCCACGUCUCUAUCCAGACUUAGUGGACCUCUGGUCACACAGGAGGUGACCCCAUACACAUACACUCCAUUCAGGGUGGAUCGAUCGCUAAGGAAUCUUAAAGGCAAUUUGGAGGACAGUGAAAAUAGGCGUCAUGUUCUUGUGCAUAAACUGCGAGAAGCUCAAAGCACGCUGGAGCUUCAGAGUGAGAGAUUAUCGAAGAUUGAGAGUGCAGCCAAGGGAAAUGCAUUUCUAUUAGAGGAUUUGAAACAUAAAGAGAGGGAGUACAGAAAAACCAUUGAUUCCCUGCAACUGACAGAACAGGAGAAGGAUAUGCUGAAAAUGGAAAACAUCAAACUGAGACAAGAAAUGCAAGACAGAAUAGAUAAACUUGACUUUGCUUUACGUUCUUUACAAGCCCAACAUCAAGUUGCAGAAAAAGAGAAUCAAAAACGUGUCAUUCUGCUAGACCAGUCUUCUCAAGCUUUAAACAUGUUAGAAACAGAGAACAAUAAACUGAAACUUGACCAUGAACACAUGAAUAAAGAAAUGGCUAUUGCAAGGGAAGCAAUUGAACUCGCAAGAUCCAAGUUUGAGCCUAUGGAGGAGGAAAACAGAGACCUACGAUCUGAAAACGCUACUCUCAGGGAUGAAAACGCAGAUUUGUCUAAGAAAACAUCCGAGUUAACAGGGCAGUUAAUGGAAUUAAGAAAGCUAACUCAAUCCAUGAAGGAAGAGAAUGAAAAACUUGCAAGUUCCUGGAAAGCAUUAUCUGAGGAAAGACAGAGACUUGUACGACAAGUUGAAGGCUCUCAAGAAAAGGCGGCAGAAAUGAAGACCAAAGCGAACACAGUUUCCGGAGAGAGAGACAGGCUGUUUCAAGAGAAAAUGGACCUCAACAAUAAAUACCAGCAGCUUCUCAUCAAUAAAGAAGAGCUUGCUCAAAAGAAAAAUGCACAAGAAGAUCAGAUAAACGAGUUGGAAUCUGACCUUGAGAGAAUGAAGAAGUCAAUGAAGAAGAUAGAAGAAGACAAACUCAUUCUACAAGAGGAGGCAUCAGAUUUAAGAAGGGCAAGUGAUGGUCUCUCUGCUGAACUAAACUCAGUGAGAAAUUAUUAUGAAAAAGCCUUAGAACAAAUAGAUGCACUAGAAAAUGAAAAACGAGCACAUCAACAACAAGGAGACAUGAGAAAUCAGGAGCAGAACCGAUUAAGGGGAGAAAUUGAUAGACUGAACAAGCAGCUCAUGAGUAAGACAAAAGAGCUUAAAAAAGAAAAAGAAGAAGUGGAUGAAUUGAUUACCAAAUUAAAAGAUGACCUUCGCACUCAGAAAGAUGACAACUUCUUACUGGAGAGCAAGGUUGAAGAAUUAUCUGCCAAACUAAACAAAGCCAACGACAACAUGCGAUAUGCAGCUACCACUAGUCAAGAAGAACUGGACACAUGGAAAGACACAUGUGAAAGGCUUACAGCUUCAGUUAGUCGCAAAGAAGCUGAGAUUCAAUCCCUCUCUGAGAAAUGCCUCGAACUUGAAGACCUAACAGCAAAACUUCAGGCUGAAACUCGUUUGCUAAAAGAAGAUAAUGAAGCCUUGACAGAUCAACAAGAAGAUGUCAACAAGCUGAAGGAAGAGAAUCGAAAAAUGAUCCAAGAAAAGGCCGAGAAUGAGCAAAUGAUCAAACUUCUAGAGACACAGAAAGAGGUUCUGACAAAGAGCUCCGAAUCACAGCUAGCAAAAUUACAUGACAUCGAACAACUUACAGCACGCGUUGAUCAGCUAAGAAAUGAAAACGAACACUUAAGAAACAGAGUGUUAGAACUAGAAAAUAUCAGAGACAAUUUAGUACAGCAGAAAGAAGAGUUGUUAGCAAACACUGAACUCAUCUACAAGAAUCCUAAGCUAGAGGAACUACAGACCAGAGUUGAUGAACUGCAGGAUGCCAACAGGCAGCUUAGAGACAUUAACGACUCGAUCAACGAUAAAUGCCAGACCUUAGAAGAAGCAAAUCGCGAACUUAAGGAGGCCGUUGGUGGUGACGGCACUGUGGUUCCUAAAUACAACCUUCUCCGAGUCCAGGAGGAAAGAGACCGCCUUGCAGAUGAUAUCGACCGAGUACGACAACAGUACAAUAAACUGCAAGAUCAACAUGAAGAGUACAUGAACAAAUAUGGUCCUGAUGGUGAAGAAUAUCAGAAAGUAGACAUAUUAGAGAGAGAAAAGGAAGGUCUUGAGAAACAGGUAGCUCUUAUUAACGGACAGCUACUUCUUGUGGAAAGCAGUAAAAAGAGGCUGGAUGAAGUAGUGGAGGAUCUGCAGCAUGAAAUCGUGCAUCUAAGGAAGGAGCUGGAAGAGGCUGAAAAGCAGCCAGUGUCUGGGCCAGAUAUGAGCGAGCUACAGGCUGAGUUGGAAGAUCUUCGCACAGAACUGACUCGCAAUCAGAAAGACAAAAUGAAACAGGAAAAUAUGUUGCGCUCGCUAAAGGAAGAACUUGAAGAGGAGAGAACCAAAAAGCCAACACAGAUUAGAGAAUCUCUAGAUGAUGUUGGAAGUGAGCUAAAUUCUAUGAGAGGAGAGCUGCAUAAACUGGUAGGAGAAAUCGAAAGGAAAGAACAAACUAUCACAACAUUAGAAAACCAGCUCAGACAAUCAAAGGACAAAAUUGAGGAUAAAGACAAGGUGAUACAUACUCUUAAAUCAGGAAAUGGCCAACACAUAACCCAAAGCUUGGAUGAGACUGCCCCAAAGUCAGCAGGCAAGGAGAGUCUGAGUAAAUCAGACUCUCUAGGAAGAACACAGAGCCUGAAUGAGAGGGGAGGCAGUGAUCGUCUGCAAUCGCUAAUCUCCAAAUACAGAAGCUAUGGUGAACCGUCCAGUCCACAUCCUGAACGCAAAAUUAAACCACUACCUCUGAUCAGCAGCAGUGGGACGAAGAUGGGGCUCGUGACGCGAGGGAAAAGUUUCGGACCUGCUGCACCGAAAAGUGAUGACAAAACCAAGAGAAGCACGUGAAAGCAAAUAGUGAAAAAAAAGCAUUGAUGCAUCUGUGCCUUAUCCAAAGAAAAACUGUGCUUAUUUGUGUAUCUUUCACUACAGACUUAAUGUAGCAAACUUUAUUAUCUAAGUAUUGUGUAUUGAAUGUAUGUUAAUUAAUAUUUAAACCCAAACUACUCCAUGUACAUCGACCUUUAGCCAUAGCAUUAUGAAUAUAGCUCUAUUUUCUGUACGUGUUUGUGAAUAUUCUUUUUUAGAAUGAAAUCAAAAUAUCAAUAGCAAUAUUCAAUUAAUCUGUGAUAUUUAUUUUAUUCGAUUCUGUGAUACAAAUUUUAUUCUGCCCGUAAAACUGUAAUAUCAUAGCUUUUUUAUACAGAUUUCUUCAUUUUACAUGAAUAUAGUGAUAGUAACCAAAUUGUUUUUAAUUAGUUAGUCAGAUCACAUAAUGGAUGUGUACUUGUUUUUGUUUUAGUAUUUAUGCAUGUUAUUACUUGUUUCAUAGUUUGAAAAAAAUACAAUGAGUUUUUGUAACAAUGGAGGUGUCUUUGUUUUGAGCUUUCCUUUGAAUAGGAGUUAAUUCAAACAGGGUUUAAUCAACAAAAUCAGGGUAUGAAGUGAUUAAUUUAAAUUUUGUAUUGUGCCUCGUCAAAUUUUAUUCAAAAGGUUAAAUUUCAAAUACUUAAGUUAAAUCUAAAAUUUUGUUUCACAUUAUAUUUGCUGAGCACUGAUAUGUUAAAGGUAUACAUACCCAAUUUUAUAUACAUGUACUUGUAAUGUGAUUUGUGUUUGAAAUUUUCUUAUUUGGUUCAAAAUUAUGUCUUCAUGUGUUUCACUGAUGAAAGUUGUAGCGGUACUUAAGAUUUCGAAAACUGCUGGACUCAUUAUGUUUUGCGCAUUACUCUAUUUAAAUUUGUCUUCACUUAUUGAAAAAUAUUCAUAAUAAGCAUUAUUAUAAUACAGUAUAAUACAGCAAGAUGUCUGCCUAAUUUUAUACUUGUAAAUGAAUGUUUUUUAAUAUAUUAUGAAUACCUCCUGCUGAUUUCUUAAUCAAUUUAGUUCAUUUUCAAUUUUUUACCACAUUCAUAUAUUAAUUCUUUGUGUAUUCAAAACCAAAGUGUAAUGUGUUCUGUACACACAAUUUUCCAAUGGUGCAACACACAAGUCCUUUUAAAUAGAGAAAAAAAAUGUAUAAAGGUAACAAAUGGAGUGAACAGACUGAAGUUUGAAUUUAUCAACAUGGCUUUUACCAGUGAAAGAAUUUUAUUGACACUGAAAAUCCUCUAGACCUGUCAAUGGAAGAUAGAAAGUGCUUGACGAAGUUUUAUGUUGAGUAAAGAUUUUAAGCAAAUAAACUGCAGGCAGUUAUUCCUGGGAAGACAUUCUAGUGUACAAAGAUCGAUCCGCCAGCAACAGUGAAAAGAUAAGACUCCUGCACUCUUUCUAGUUCCCGGCAUGAUUUGGCUUGUGAAAUGUUUCUUAAUUUGUAUUGUACAACUUGCUCAAUAAAUUUCUAUUUGUUCAAACAA